CACGAUGCGGUGAUGAGGUUCAACGCGGCGCCAACCGCCGGCUUUGAACGCCACGUGGGGAGCAAAACGACGAUCCGACUCAUCAACACCAAGAUCGUGACUCAGAGGAAGUACAAAUUCAGCUCCAGUCCCCUCUACCGCAACGUGUCCCUCGUGCUGUGGGAAACUCCACCUCGGCCCUGUAACAUCACUACGUGGUACGCCAGGAACAAUGCGCGAUUCUUCUCGCUCUACGCGUCGCUGCGCCGCGGGCGUCCCGGGCAGCACUUCGCGCUCAUCCCGCCGUGCUUCCUCUGGGGCCUCUGGGAUCUGCUGCAGCGCAACGCGGGCACGGCCAAAAUCCGGAGGACGUCGCCAUCCUCCGGCUUCCUCGGCCUCAUGUUCAUGGUGACUUUGUGCGACGAGGUGACCGCCUACGACUUCGUCCCGUCGAUGAACCGCGCCUCCCUCCUCUGCCACUACUUCCAGCGCGGCUCCGGCGCCGCCUGCUCUCUCGGAGGGUUCCACCCCCGGGGUCACGAGAAGCUCCUGGCCCUGAGGAUGUCCUCCAGGACUCCCAGGGAGGCCUUCGAGAGCGGGCUCCUCAAGCUGCCCGGAAUCAACGGACUCAGCUGUGGCGAUGAUGGUGAUGGUGGUGGUGGUGAUGGUGGUGGUGAAGGUGGUCGUGGUGGUAAUGAUGGCGGUGGUGAGAACGGGCAAUAAGUGGACAGAUGAAGAGUGGAUGGAUGAGUUGAUGGACAGGUGAGUUGAUAGAUGUGUGGAUGGAUGGGUUGGUGGAUAGAUCGUCAUCUAUCCACCAACCCAUCCAUAGCUGUGUCUAAUGAC